UCAAUGAAUUGCCCCGUCAAAACUCGUACUCCGGAAGUUACCAUCAGAAACUUGGUCAGGGGUAGUCCCAACUGCCCACCAGUUUUCAGGGUGAACUGUGACUGAACCUCGGCAGGUGUCGACCCAGCAUGCUGAAUCUUAUUCCAAGAGGAACAGGAUUGGUAAAUGUCUCCAUCUCUUGCUGCAUUUGCCACCUUGGCAAGGGGAAAGGUGCUAUAUAUCCCAACCUCUUCUCUGUUGGCAUCACCACUUGGAUGACAUCGGGAAAAGUCGAUGACAGGCUAGCCCUGGGAGCUGGACGUCUGCAACGAUAUCCUAAAAUAGAUAGCUAUCAGGGACAAGUGAUGGCAAGUAGUCCGUCCAUGGGGCCAGCGGGGAAACUGCCAAGGCUCUCCACAGGGAUGACAUCCUGGUCGUCGAAGGGGAUGCAGAGCUCGAGGGGCAGCACGGCGACCCCUCCCAGAUUUCUGGCUUGUCCGCAUAUGAACAGGAGUAGAUCUACGGACUGGAACCCUCAUUCUGCCCUUCAUCGCGGAGACCCUUUCGGCAGUUCGACUUCCUCCCCGAAUAGAGAGACGUUUUGGAUAUACGGGCUCGGAGAGAGUUUGGGUUUGCUUGAAAAUAUGCAAAUUCCUGGGAGUCUCCUUUUCGACAAUGGGUCUCCUGAUCCCAACUCUUCUAUUGCACUAAGGAUGAGAGACAGACGCGAUGCCAGUAAGGGGUUAGUGUAGUGCCUCUGAGGAAUGUCCGAUGGGUGUCCCGGGGAUCAUUACAUCAACAGGAAGGAGGAGUAAGAAAAUGCCACAGCAAUCCUCUCACCACGGCUUCCAACCUCGAAUGCUCAAGUUUCCUCGACCGCAGCAGCCAGCUAUCAAUGGACGGGCUAUAUGCUGCACCGCUCACCUGGGCCACGCACUAAACGUGUUGCGCUCCAAGAAUGGAAGAUGGAGAGUGCCGAAGACGGAGAAACGGAUUUGACUUGUAGAUCACCAACAAAUCCGGGAAACCACGGCGGCCGACAGUCUAACGAUUACCUCAUAUUAUGCUGUGAACAUCACUGCCGUGAUGCCAGGUGUAGAGGGUGUCCAGUUUUGGGACGCGCCUAGCAGGUCACAUUCAGCCGGCAGUGCA